UUUUAAUUCGUUGUUAUGACAUUUGUUAUCAGCUGAUGAGCAUCUGCGAAAAUUCUAAAACUUUUGUUAUUUUUCUUGUUAUUUUCUGCUAGAUUUCAAAAACAAUGUCGCAACAAUUAGAAAUAUUAACUGAGAACCUGUCUCAAUGGACUUCAGUGAGUUUCGUCACACCGGAAAUCCAGAAAAAGGAGAUCAAACCAUUUGUUGCUCUGGCGAUCAAAGAGCUGGAAGGCAACCCAGACAGUCGGUUAAAGUCUCUGAUGAGCACAGACAAGUUCUCAGCUGUGCGCGCGGUGGUCAGACACUUCGCCAGGUGCAGAUCGGCCAGCAAGGAGGCUUGGAGUCAGGAGGAUGUUGUUACGUUCUUAGAGGGACUUAGGUUUUCUCCAGAAUGUGUGUCAGAGCUGGCGUCCUUAGUGUGCGUAGACAAGAUAUAUGAGAAUAUCCCCACACACUUGAGGGUUAAGCCGGGGUUAGCAGGACUACAGUGGAAAAUUGAUAUGUCUCUAAGCCAAUCAACAAUACAUUCAGAGAGCGCCAACCCCCAACGUUGCAAAGAAAUCCUACAUCGUCAUACUCACAUAAUAUUAAUUCUUACUCUCACAGACGGACAGAACCAUGUUUAUAGGCUGUCGUUAACUAAGUUCCAUGAGUUGAGAUACGCUGUAGCUAGCGCGUUGAAAGGCAUGAUUGUGUUGGAGAAAAGGAAAUGUAUGAGGAGAGACUGAUAUAGGUUUUCUUGCGGGUAGUCCAACAGUUUGACUACCGAUAACUUCAGAACGUGACUACAGUACCUCUAUAGUCUGGUCGCCGAGCACGUAGAAUUUUGUCCAGUGACCCCAAGCUACCCAUCCUUAUCGCUCGCGCGUAAUUAUAUUGCUAUCGCGACUGUGCGACGAACGCCCGCAGUGAGUGUGCGAGCGCAACAGCAACAUAAUUACGUGCGAGGGAUGGGUAGCUUGGGGUCAUUGGACAAAAUUCUACGUGCUCGGAGACCAGGCUUUAGCACGAAAAAUUCUGAAGUAACCUUCUUUAUUAGAUUUAAAAUGUUUAAUUAAAUUUUUAUAUGUUUACACUAUUUAUCUCAUGUUAACUACUGUACUUGUUACGUGUGUUUACAUUCCAUGGUUUUCUUUUGUUAUUUUUAGCAAUAUUUAAUGUAAUAGGUAGCAAUACUAUGUUAUGGCGCGGGCGUGGUAAUUACGCCAUGCCGUGGCAUAUUUUGGUGUAUUCUUUUCCAACUUUGAGAUAAAUACAUAGUAAAGUAUAAAAAGAUAUCAAUGUAAAUAAACUUAGCUGAAGAAUUAUACAGUAUAAUAACCUAAAUUAAUAUAAUAAAUAUAUUUUCGGUGCUAGGGUAACCCUUUCUUAGAAAUAGGGCAUGUCUCACCACUUUCUGAUAAAGUCUCUGAUAGAUAGGCUAUCUGCCAGAUAAACUAAAAAUUUGUUUUCACGUCUCAAAUAGUUUUAUGGCGGUUAAAUUAACUGAUUAUUGUAUCCUUUAUUUGAUAGAUAGUGAUAUGACAGAUAACUAUCUGAAACUUUAUCAGGGACUAGUGAAAUUGAACCUUAAGAUGAUUUCAAGUGCUUUAUUUAUUAAUGUAAGUAAAACAAAAAAGUCCAAUAUUUUUUUGUGGUAAUACAAAUAUGACUAUAUUCUCACUUUGGCCCCAAUGUUAACUGGAGGAGAAUGCCGGAUGGCGUUAAGUUCGCCUUGUUUAAAUGCAUAAUAGUUUUAAACCAUAAGCUUAUAUUUAGCUUAGUUAGAGGGGUUAACGGGAAUAUUACAGGUCUUGUGCUUAAUUGUGUCAGCGCCUGAGGUAUGAGAGCGGCACGGGAGGGUGUUUUUGUGACGUCAAACGUCAGCGAGACUUCAGUGCCCCGAUUGCGCUUAUUUUCAACCGACUUCAAAAAAAGGAGGAGGUUCUCAAUUCGACCCGUAUGUUUUUUUUUUCUAUGUUUGUUACGCGAUAACUCCGUCAAUUAUGAACCGAUUUGAACAAAUCUUUUUUCGGCGUAUAGGUAAUACCUCAAGGGUGGUCCCAUUUAAAUUUAAUAAUAAAAAAAACAACCCCCAAGGGUGGAAAAUUGGGGAUGAACUUUUUUAUACGCAAUAUCUCCGCCGAUUAUAAACCAAUUUGAACGAUAAUUUUUUUGUUGAAUAGGUAUUAUCAAAAGGGUGGUUUCAUGUGAAUUUGAAGAAAAUAUUUCACCCCCAAGGGUGGAAAAUUGGGGAUGAACUUUUUUAUACGCAAUAUCUCCGCCGAUUAUGAACCAAUUUGAACGAUUAUUUUUUUGUUGAAUAGGUAUUAUCAAUUUUUUUUAAUUUUUAGUUCUUUUUUUGUGUUCACGCAUUUGAAGUCGGUUAUAUUUUUUUUAAAAAGUUAUUAUAGUUACUACUACUCCUAGUAAAGUUAUUAACCAAUUAAGACAACACAAUAACAAAACUUUAUACGUAGCGUCUAUUUUGUUUAUGAUAUAGUCCGCUUCAAUUAGUUCGUACAGGGAUGUUAUGGACAUCCGUAACCGUAACCGAUUCAAAAGUUUCGGAUGUAGGUAGUUUAAAUUUGUUUUUUGUGUAGCAUACUUAUUAGCGUCUCCAAUUCAUUGGCGCUUCUACUCCAGUUGCGCUCCGUUUUUCAUUCCAGCUGAGGUGCAAAUUCUGUAUCGCGGUAAAGUUCACGCGCAAACAAAGACGAAACAACGGAUUUAAUCACUUACCAAUAAAAGCAAUACUAUGUAAUACAAUCAAAUGCUGUUUUCAAACGUAAUUUAAAGGAAUUUUUAUUAAACGAACAGAUGUCCGGUGCCUGAGUAGAUGUUCUGUAUCUCUUUCCUCUAUUGCAUAAACAUAACUUUCUGAUACAUAUAGCACUUUCUGAUCACACAUAUAAAAAACGCAUACACCUAGCACACACACUAAAAAUUGUAUGUACCUAAUUGUUUAAGUUUUGUGAAUUGUUAAGUUUAUAAUUACCUAUUAUAUUAUAUUAUUUGGUUCAAACAUGUACAAAUACUUUGAACUGUAAAAUUGUAUAAAUUGUAUUAAUUGUUUUGGACCAAAUAAAAAUUUUUCUUUCUUUCUUUCUUAAAAGUCCGAUCACUUCAUUUUUUCACUAAAACAGCAAAUGUUCGUGAAGGCGUUUGACUUGAAUUUGAGAUAAAGUAGCUUUCUUUUAGCUUUUACACAAAAAAGCAGUUGCGUUUUGUUUUCGUUUGCACUAGCUGUCAAAGUGACACAGCGAUACGAAUUUGAUUUUCGUUCGUCGUCUAGUCGCGUAUUUAGCGCAAUCGGGGCCCUGAUGUGCUUCAGACUUGUAUGUUCUGUCAUGUCAUCAUAAUAUGUCACCCUCCCGUGCCGCUACCAUACCUCAAACACUGACUCAGUUAUGCUCUAAAGCCCGGUCUGUGAGAACGUAGAAUUUUGUCCAAUGACCCCAAGCUACCCAUCCUUAUCGCUCGCGCGUAAUUAUGUUGCUGUCGCGACUGUGCGACGGGCGCCCGCAGUGAGUGUGCGAGCGCGAUAGCAACAUAAUUACGCGCGAGCGAUAAGGAUGGGUAGCUUGGGGUCAUUGGACAAAAUUCUACGUGCUCGCAGACCAGACUAUAGACCUCUAAACAUCUGAAUGGUGAUCAGCAUGAAUUCUAAAUUAAAUAAUAUAGUAAUAAAAUUUAAGUAUAUCAAUUGUAAAUAUGGUGCAUCGUUCGCAUUUAUUCGUUAGAGUUUAUUUUUAUUAAUAAAAAUCUGAAAUUA